UCGUCAUAUCAAAUAGAAGAAAAUUCUGAGCCGUGUCAAUUUUUCUUGCCUAUAGAAUUUUUAGCUUCUGAUUAAAACAAUAGUUCAUAUUAUUAUUUUUCGUGGAAAGUGCACCGUGAAAUGUAAAUUGUGUAAAAAGAUAUGCAUGUUUUCUGUUGCCAGCAAAAAGCGUGCUAAUUUUGCAAUAAGUUCACUGCAAACAGUAACCCCUCCAAUUAGAAUUAGAACAACAAAACCAAAAAAAAAGCGCUUCAGUACGGACGUUCUGUCGUCGCUAGCGCAACGUUUUCAUCGGCAACGUCUGCAUCGAGGAAGUAGUUAACGAAAAAAUAGUGAUAUAGACGAAAACAGUGACGCAGCUGCGGCGAGGGCAUUGAAGACAAAUCGAAGAAAAAUACCAAGCCAAACCUUUAUUAUAUCGUUUGGGAAAUUGCAUAAAUAAUUGAAAUCUUCUCAUAUAGACUGAUAAAGGCAUCAAACGCAUUAAAAAAGCAUGCCUUCAAAAAAGAAGAAAUACAAUGCGCGUUUCCCGGCGGGUCGCAUCAAGAAAAUAAUGCAGAGUGACGAGGAAAUAGGAAAGGUCGCACAAGCUGUUCCUGUCAUAAUUUCAAGGACAUUAGAACUCUUUGUGGAAUCGCUUUUAACAAAGACACUGAGGAUUACUAAUUCGCGGAAUGCAAAAACUUUAUCUACAUCCCACAUGAAGCAGUGUAUUAUGUCUGAGCAGCGAUUUGAUUUCUUACGUGAACUUGUGAAAAAUGUACCCGACAUAAGUGUGGCAGAAGAAGCUGCCAACUAUAAUGAAGAGGAUGGCCAGAGUUCUCCCGAAGAUGUUUAUCCCGAUUCGGAUACUCCAUAUGAUCUUAGCAUGCCAUCUACAUCAGGUGGCCGCAACAAUAAUCGUGGAGUUGCCGCAACAAAGGCCAACGGUGGUCAAACAAAUUACCAGUACAAACAACAAUACCAACAACCGCCACAAAACGGUAGUGGCAAUGAUUCUGGUAUGACUGAAACAGACUUAAGACAACGUAUGCGUCAACGUAUUAGUGGAACACAAAGUGUCAUUAUGCAUACUGCAUCUGUGGUUCAACCACUAAAAUUAAUGCGUUCCGAAUCAUCGCCUGCUAAUGCAGCCCAGCACAUGUGGCAUAUAGCACCAAAUGCUGCAACCCCACAGCAACAGGGACAAGGGCAACAGAAACGGCUUCGGCAUCAGGCGCAGUCAGUAGCGUGCAGCAACAAUAAUGACAACUGCUUCGACUCAUCGCCGCCAAAGCGUCAAAAGUGUGAGCCAACAACACAACAAACACAUUCACAAACUGCCAUACCCGCGCCUGUUUUCAGCUACGAUCUUUGCAAUAAGCCCAUUGUAAAGAUAGACUACAGCAAUCUGCCGCUAACACCUGCCAUUAGGGGCACCAGUGAACAGCUCAACACAACCGCAGCCAUAGGCAACUUAUCGUUGAGCGCACCUGUGAGGAAUGCGAGCUUCAAUUUUAGUGUUGACGCACCCAUCAUCAAUAUCGAUUUGUCAAACAUUGUAACGACCUGCGUUGAGAGCAAAAAAACAAAAGGUAAUAAUGUGCCCGCCCCAGCUGUUGCAACAAUAAGCAUUGGUGCCUUGCCGGUUGAAUUGGCAAAUGCUGGUGCAACGCAACCUACAAGCACGGGCAACAUUUAUGGCAAAAUUGGAGCUGAUAAAGCAUCAUCUACGUCCACUACUCCGCCCUCAAAUCAAAGUACUGAUUCAAAAACGGACUCUAAUACCACAACCGUCGAUAGUACGUCAUCGUCAGCUUCGUCAUCCAGCUGCUCACCAUCAUCAUCGUUUGCGUCGACUUCAGCCAAUAGUCAACAGGGUGGAAAUAAAGCUAUGCUAAAAGCAUCAACUGAUAUAAUGGCAAAAAUGACUGCGCCAAGAAAAAAUGCACUCUCGGCAACGUGUAAAAAUUCAAACUCAUGUUUCGAGUUAGACGAAGACUAUGACAAUAUUUGAAUAUAAUGUUUUUAGUUUUUAAAACUUAACUAUUGUGUUAAGGAUUUUUCCUUUUUUUUUAAUAAAUUCAGACUACCAAAAAAAAAGUUGAAGAUCUCUUGCAUUCCCAUGACAAGUCCCUAACCCAGACAGCCCAAUAUACUACUACCAGCUUCACUAA